GCCCCGCCUUCUGUCUCCGUCCUCAGUUCCCCGCCCCCUCCUGGUUUCGCGUCUCCAAGCCCGUCGCGCCCGCUAUAAUCACGUGAUUGCCUCAUCCGGGUCCUUUGCGUUCUCUCUCCCUCUCCCAACAUGGCGGCCUCAGCAAAAAAGAAGAAUAAGAAGGGGAAGACCAUCUCCCUAACAGACUUUCUAGCUGAGGAUGGGGGUACUGGUGGAGGAAGCACCUUUGUCCCCAAACCAGUCAGCUGGGCUGAUGAAACAGACGACCUGGAAGGAGAUGUGUCAACAACCUGGCAUAGUAACGAUGACGAUGUGUAUAGGGCACCUCCAAUUGACCGUUCCAUCCUUCCCACUGCUCCACGGGCUGCUCGGGAACCCAAUAUCGACCGGAGCCGUCUUCCCAAAUCACCACCCUACACUGCUUUCCUAGGGAACCUGCCCUAUGAUGUGACAGAAGACUCCAUUAAGGAGUUCUUUAGAGGACUAAAUAUCAGCGCUGUACGCUUACCACGUGAACCCAGCAAUCCAGACAGGUUAAAAGGCUUUGGCUAUGCAGAAUUUGAGGACCUGGAUUCUUUGCUCAGUGCUCUGAGUCUCAAUGAAGAGUCUCUAGGUAACCGGAGAAUUCGAGUGGACGUUGCUGAUCAAGCGCAGGAUAAAGACCGGGAUGAUCGUUCUUUUGGUCGAGACAGAAAUCGGGAUUCUGACAAAACAGACACAGACUGGAGGGCCCGUCCUGCUGCAGACAACUUUGAUGACUACCCACCUAGAAGAGGUGAUGACAGCUUUGGAGACAAGUAUCGAGAUCGUUAUGAUUCAGACCGGUAUCGGGAUGGAUACCGGGAUGGGUAUAGGGACGGCCCACGUCGAGAUAUGGAUCGCUAUGGGGGCCGGGAUCGCUAUGACGACCGAGGCAGCAGAGACUAUGACCGAGGCUAUGACUCCAGGAUAGGCAGUGGCAGAAGAGCAUUUGGCAGUGGGUACCGCAGGGAUGAUGACUACAGAGGAGGUGGAGAUCGCUAUGAAGACCGAUACGACAGAAGGGAUGAUCGGUCAUGGAGCUCCAGGGAUGAUUACUCUCGGGACGAUUAUAGGCGUGAUGACAGAGGUCCCCCCCAAAGACCCAAACUGAAUCUAAAGCCUCGGAGUACUCCUAAGGAAGAUGAUUCCUCUGCUAGCACCUCCCAGUCCAGCCGAGCGGCUUCUAUAUUUGGAGGGGCAAAACCUGUUGACACAGCUGCUAGAGAAAGGGAAGUAGAAGAGCGGCUGCAGAAGGAGCAGGAGAAGUUGCAGCGGCAGCUGGAUGAGCCAAAACUAGAUCGCCGGCCGCGGGAGAGACACCCAAGUUGGCGAAGUGAAGAAACUCAGGAAAGGGAACGGUCAAGGACAGGAAGUGAGUCAUCGCAGACUGGGGCCUCAGCCACAUCUGGCAGAAGUAAGUCAGGCCAGGACACACGAAGGAGAGAGAGUGAGAAGUCUCUAGAAAAUGAAACCCUCAAUAAAGAAGAAGACUGUCACUCUCCAACCUCCAAACCUCCUAAACCUGAUCAGCCUCUAAAGGUAAUGCCAGCCCCUCCACCAAAGGAGAAUGCGUGGGUGAAGCGAAGCUCUAACCCUCCUGCUCGAUCUCAGAGCUCAGACACAGAGCAGCAGUCCCCUACAAGUGGUGGAGGGAAAGUAGCUCCAGCUCAUUCCUCUGAGGACGGACCAUCAAGAAAAGAUGAAAAUAAAGUAGAUGGGGUGAGUGUCUUACGAGGCCAGACUGGGAGCUGCAGUCGCGGUCCUGGAGACGGAGGGAGCAGAGACCACUGGAAGGAGUUGGAUAGGAAAGAAGGCAAAAACGAUAAAGACUCGAGAUCUGCACCUGAGCCAAAGAAACCCGAGGAGAGCCCAGCCUCUAAGUUCAGCUCUGCAAGCAAGUAUGCUGCUCUCUCUGUGGAUGGUGACGAUGAGACUGAGGGAGACGACCACACUGAGUAGACCUCCACACGCUGUGCUUUCUUCUAGUCUCCACCCCGGAACACUCAAGGGCAAAUCAAACCUCUAUCCAGACAAGAAAAAAUAAAACUCACCAUCUCCUGGAGACCUUUCUUAACUUUUUUUAAUGAAAUGAAAUUGUUUUGCAUGCUGCUGCAGCCUUUUAAAGUAUUGAAGUAACUGGAGAACCAAUCACCAUCGUAGCCUGAGAGAUAUGGCUACUGCUUUUGAAUGGGGAAGUUGUAAUGUGUUCUGAGGAUACCAAGUGUGUGAGGAUACUACCUGUGUGGCUAGUGCCUGGGGCUCCGUUCAGCAGGAAUGUAGUGACAGACUCAGUCUCAUAAGUUAGGCAGUAGAGAAAGGCACAAGGAAGCGUGCGAUUUCUACCUUUUAAGAUUUCUACCUUUUAAUUCGUACCCUGUGAUGGCACCUAUGAAUUCCCCAAACAUCAUCUGAAUAAAUUUUCCAUCCUUGGAAAGGUAGAUUUAGUCUCUCAAGUUAUUUUAGUCUCCAGGAGGCUGCCAGCCCUUCUACUUUAAUUCUGACUUAACUGGGGCCAGCCUAGAGGGAAUUGUUUUUUGUUUGUUUGUUUGUUUACCCCCCAAGGGGGUAGUUGGGAAUGAGUCUACAGGCCACUAACAAGUAGUAUUGCUUGGGGACCAAAAUAAAUGGGAAGCUCAAUCGUGGUUUGAAAAGCUUUGGUUGGGGGAGUGAUCAGUUAUUUUAUACCAGGUAGUGCGGGAAAUGGUGUGACCUCCAAUAGACGCAUGAAUAGAACGGAUCAUUUCCUGGAUGAGGAAGCACUUAGCGGUUGUGGGAAAUUCCAGUCUUCUAAGAUCUGUCCUUUCUAGAGGUUCAAAUAUAUCCACAUUCUUUUAAAACCUUAUCACUCUGGUCAUCUUGUGUUCUUGAUGACACUUAGCCUUCCAAAAGCAAUCUGUGUAAGUCGCACACCUGUUCCUACAGGCAUUUUGUUGGCCACCGGAAGCUGUGGCCUGAGGACUCACUGCUUUUCUGAAGCAAACCAGUUCCGUGCCCGUCUGCCUGCUCCUGCUGCUGUCAGUGUUUCAGUUGAUGGAUGUGGUGGCAUGGGGAGAGUUGAGUUAAAGGUCUUUAGCCUUGAUGGGGUGUGAGGUUUCUGUACAUUUCCUUCACUGGAACCCCAUACUGGUGCUUGGGUUUCUAAUGUGACCUAGACUGUGGCUUUCUGUUUAUGGGGGUUGGUUUCUUGGCUUCCCUCAAGAAUAAAGGAUGAUGCAAAGAACUGUUGAAUAGGUUCUUGCUUCUCUUGCAACAUAGUGGCUUGAUGUCUGCUUUGUUCUGCACCUUUAUGUAAGGAUCAGCUCCAAAGAGGCCAAGCUUCCCUGUUGUAGGAUGUCAGGAUGCCUGUAGACAAUGAGAACCUGGUCCUGCUGUGCAAGCCCUAGGCCUGCUGUGCGGGAGCUUUGGUUCAGUGUGCUGCAGCAGUGGCAUAGCAGCUCACUUGAUUGGCUAGUAGCAAGGAAGUGGGCUUUAGAGAGACCCACCGCUGAGUGGGUUUUCAACAGUUGGUUGUGGACAAUGAGAAGGUUGUUUGCCCUCUUCACGUCUGUUUCCCUUCCAGGUCCCACUCUCUGCUCCUGUUAAAAUAAAAACAGGGGUUGAUUUAUGUCCCGCUCCUGAAUACAUGUAAAAUUUGUACAAAAAUAUCUUCUAUGAAAAUGAUUUGUAAUCUGUAGACAUUAUUACUUGGGAGAUGUCUUGAGAUGUAAAAUCCCAUCCUUUGGGUUGAGGGUUUUUUGUUUUUCUCCAAUAAAUCCAGUCUUUAAAGUUGAA